UAUUGACAUAUAAUGAUAGUGAUUUAAUACAAAAUGGUGAUCCAACAAUGCAUUUUAAUCUUACUCUAACUGAAUAUUUAAUAGAUCAAAUUGGACCAAAACAAUUACCAUUCAAUAUAAUUAUACCAUUUACAAUUGUAUAUUUGUUAAUAUUUGUAACGGGUGUUGUGGGUAAUUUUGUGGUGUGUGUUGUGAUUGUUAGACAUUCAACAAUGCAUAGCGCUACAAAUUAUUAUCUAUUUUCAUUGGCUAUAUCUGAUUUAACAUUGUUGUUAUUAGGUCUACCAAACGACUUGAGUAUAUUUUGGCAUCAGUAUCCAUAUUUGUUUGGCACGGGUAUUUGUAAGCUUCGUGCUUUAUUAUCUGAAACCGCUUCAAAUGUAUCCGUAUUAACAAUUGUUGCAUUUUCAAUGGAACGAUAUUUAGCCAUAUGUCAUCCAUUACAUUUAUACACAAUGUCUGGUUUACAACGUGCAAUACGUAUUAUAGCAAUAUUAUGGUUAUUAUCAUUAAUAUGUGCAAUACCAUUUGCAAUAUUUACUGAAGUGAAUUAUUUAGAAUAUCCACCAAAGAGUGGAAAUAUCGCAUUGGAAUCAGCAUUUUGUGCAAUGUUAUAUCCACCAAAAUGGUUAAGUGAAUCGAGCAGUAUUAUAUUCUUUGUAUUACCAAUGUUAGUUAUAUUAAUAUUAUAUGCACGUAUGGGUUAUCGUAUACGAAAUCGAACACGUGGUACACAAUUACAGAAUGGUUCGGUACAUGGUGAAAAUCGUCAUUCACAAAAUCGUAAAGCGAUUAUACGUAUGUUGGCUGCUGUAGUGAUAGCAUUCUUUCUCUGUUGGGCACCAUUUCACGCACAACGUUUACUCUUCAUAUACUUUCAAGAUAUCCCGCAUUUCAAUACAAUAAACGCAUGGAUGUUUUACAUAACUGGUAUUUUAUAUUAUGUAUCAUCGACAGUAAAUCCAAUCUUAUAUAAUGUAAUGUCAAAUCGUUAUCGUGUCGCAUUCAAAGAGACAUUAUGUGGUAAACGACGUCAUCAUCGUAAUGGCGGUUACUUUCGUGAACAAUCAAGUUUUCGUGAGACAACAAUGUGUAACUCAACAUACGAGGCAACACAACUGGUACGUGUUAAAUCAAUAGGUGGUAGCAGUACUCAUGCUGUUGAUAAUCACGUAAAUCAUCAUCAACAUCGUUGUUUAAAUAACGUAUCAACACGUAGACAUAAUAUUCGAAAAGAUAAUGGUCAUACUGGUGGGGGGAAUAAUGUUAAAUGGGAUGAUGAAAAACAGUUAACAAUUGAUAAUAAUACAAUCAAUAAUGAUAAUGUUGAUACAAAAAUGAUUGUUGAUACAACAAUAACACUACCGCCAUCCUCGUCACCAACGAAUAUGGUAGUGAUACUAUCAUCACCAAAUAUUAAUAAUGGUAAAACGAAAUGUUUUACUACAUCUGACUUAAAUAUUAACGACAUUGAUUUAUUAACACCAGAUGCUGAUUGUUGUAACACAAAGGAUGAAGAUGUUAAAUCUAAUUUACAUUUAGUUGAAUCUUGUAUUUAAACCAUUUGAUUGUUGAGUUUAUUAUAACAAAUUUUCGUUUGUUAAAAUUGCACAUAUCAUUACAAUAAUAUUAUUAUUGUCAGAAAAUGUUUUAAUUGUACCAUGAGUG